UCCGACUUGACCGCACAUCGAGUGUGGCCACUCGCUUCGAGGAAUUGACUACUUUCAAAAAGCAGAGAAAGGGAACGCCGCCGAUCAUGGCCGCUCCGUUGUACAAAGAUGUUAGCAAGAAGGCCAACGAUGUCUUGAACGACGACUACGACUUCUCCCGCAAGUUGAAGAUCAAGACCAAGACGGCUAACGGCGUCACCUUUACCACCGAAGGUACUAUGGCCGCCAACAAGAGCAUCCUGGCCAAGCUCGGUGCCAACUUUGUCGUACCCCAAGUCGGUGGUUUGACCGUGAGCAAGUUGCAAGUCACCACCCAAGGUCGUGUGAUUGUGGAAGCUGACAUCGCCAACGCCCUUGUCGACAACUUGAAGGUCACGGCGAAGGUUGAAGACGGCAGCCGCAAGACCAACGCGUCGCAAGUCACCAAGUUUGGCUUGGAAUACAAGCAACCCACUUACACGUUGACCAAGGAAUUUGACGUCACGGCCAACACUGCCACUGUGUCUGCUUUGACGGUUGUCAGCGGUGUGACUGUCGGUGCCCAUGGUGCGUUCAACGUGAGCAAGUCGGCUGUGUCCGACUACGGCGGUGCGUUGGCGUACAAUGGCGGUGACUUUCAAGUGACCGUUGCUACCAAGAAGAGCUUGAAGACCAUCAAUGCCAACUUCCACCACCAAUUUGACGCCAGCACUGUGUACGCUGCAUCUAUCGACUACGACGUCCAAACCGCCGCCAACGCUUUGACUCUUGGUGGCCGCUACGCCGUGGACAAGGACACGACGUACUUGGGCAAGGUCAACUCGGAUGGUUUUGUCUCGUUGGCGGUCGUGCAAAAGGUGACCCCUUUCUUGUCCUUGACCACAUCUGCCCACAUCGAUGCCAAGCACUUCGAAGGCGACUCGCACAAGUUUGGCUUGGGAUUGACCAUCGGUUAAGUUUUAUAGACACAAGACAAGUACUUGCUGUAACGCAGUAUGUUUAGCACGAGCUCUGUAUUUUUGAUGCGCA